CCAUGCACAUUGCUCCAUACAAUAUUAAUGGGACCCCAAUGCGCUUCCCACCAAUACCAUUUGUAAUCAGAGCUCAGUCGGAGCCCCGUCACAUCAACGAUUCGGAUGAAGCCUACUGCGUCAUGCCUCCGCUCUUUCUGAUAAAAAGCCAGCUCACGCCGAUGGAGUUUUGGCUGUUUCCCUGGUCAACAUCAGUCCUCCCCCUCCCCAAGAAUAAUAGUCCAUUCGUCAUAGAGAAUAUCCGAGCUGAACGACCCCUUACGCUUCACCACAGUACACGCACCUUCUUCUUGCCCACAACAAAUAAAUAAAUAAAUAAACAACAAUGGCAAACAUCACAGACCCGGCGAUCCCCAAGGGUUCCACCGUCCUCGUCACCGGUGUCAACGGCUUCAUCGCGUCUCACGUAGCCGACCAGUUCGUCCAGCAUGGGUACAAAGUCCGCGGCACGGUCCGCAACCCCGAGAAGAGCGCUUGGCUCAACGCCUAUUUCGACAAGACCUACGGCGAAGGCCACUUCGAGUUGUAUCCCGUCCCUGACAUGACGGUCGAAAACGCCUAUGACGAAGCCGUCAAGGGAGUCUCAGCUUUCAUCCAUGUGGCGUCCGUGGUCAACUUCGACCCUGACCCGGAAAAGGUCAUCCCUAUUGCCGUCGAGAGUGCCGCGAUUGCCAUCAAGGCCGCUUACAGAGAGCCUAGCGUCAAGCGCUUUGUCUUGACGUCUUCGUCGUCAACGACUCUGCCAGCGGACCCGCAGACCUUCUUGAACAUGAAUGGCGCAGUUAUAACGGAAGACUCGUGGAGCCCUGACGCGAAAGAGCUGGCCUGGACGCCCGGACCUUGGGGUCCCGAGCAUGGCGGCCCUGUGUACAUCGCCAGCAAAGUCGAGCAAGAGCAGACUGUCUGGAAGUAUCACAAGGAAAAUCAGGCGAAGCGUCCUGAUCUUGUGGUAAACGCAAUUCUCCCCAAUUUGAACUUGGGAAAGAGUCUCGACCCUGUGAACCAAGGUCACCCGUCCACGUCUGGCUUCAUCCUCCCCUUGCUUGAGGGAAAGAGACUCCCUCCGAACUGGUCUACGCCACAAUACGCCGUCGACGUUCAGGAUGCCGGUCUCCUGCACGUGGCCGCAGCCAUCCUGCCCGACGUAAAGAGCGAGCGCGUCUUUGGUUUCGCCGAGCCGUUCUGCUGGGACGAUGUCCUGGAGAUCCUUCGCAAGCAGCAUCCGAACAAGAAGUUCCACGAGAACUUCGCCGGCGUGCCCUACCCAGAUAUCGUCAUCAAGCCCAGAGACCGGGCCGAAGAGCUGCUGAAGAGGCUCGGAAAGCCUGGUUGGACCUCGUUGGCGGAUAGUCUGCGGCUGAACACUGAGGACCUUUGAGCCGCCGACACCAUCUGAAGGGAGAAUUCGCUCGGAUAAUAGUACCAACUGGGUGGGUGGUCAGAAAGUGGGCAUAUGCAGGAAGCUGUUUGUAGAACUUCUUUGCUCAGUGCGCCCAGAGUGCGCCCUGCCAUUGCAUUGAUCCAUAUUGCCAGUUCUCCAAUCAAAUCAGUUU